GGGACGAUAGUUUGUAUCGAUAGGUAUUUUUAGUACAUCUGGUAUAUUAAAAUGGAUGGAUUUUGAGCCCUGGAAUGAACGGGCAUAUUUUCGGCCACGAUGAAUUGCCGCCAUAUUUUAAGCUGCACUUUUGUAUUGUCGCGUGGUUAGAGCAGGAGGAAAUACUGCGAAUAAAACGGGCUUACGAGAAAACCUGCUUCUCUGGGAGUAUAUCGGCCGUUGAAGGCAACUCCGUGGGACCACCGACAUGAUCUUUUAUUCGCAGUCCUAGGCAAGUCGACUGCAAGGGCAACUUGCGCUUGAGUACAGGCAGUCAGCCACCUCAAGUAAGAGAGUUGCCAGAGACGCGGACAGCGUAGAUUGGACGGGCCGCAGACAGCGACCCAGAGUAGACGCAGACAGCGCCGAUUAGCUGGAGUACUGGGCAGAAUAGAAGGAUGCAACAUUCUCCCAGACGAAGUAGCCGGUUGAACGAGGAGCAAGCGACUCCAACAACAAUGAGCGCGGCUUCCCAACCUGGAAGUAGUGGUGCAGGAAAGAAGCCGCCAAAGCCAAAAGUAACAUCGGCGCCGCUGAUUCCUAACCCGACCACUGCUGUUACCGUAGUAGCUUCCCAACCUGGAAGUAUUACGACCACAGCUGGAGCUUCAGUACCAGGACAGGCCCAGCCACCUCCAACCCAAGAUCUCUUGGAGAAAAUUGCAGCGUUGGAGAAGGAGCUGGAAAGGGAAAGAGCCCGAAACAACGUGAACACUGCCACCGAUACCGUAAUAUCGAGCGAUGUCGGGGUGAGUAGUGCGGCGUCACUGCUGACGCCAUCUUGGAGCGAUACGCCAUUUUCGAUUAGUAGCGAUCCGAUCCCAUAUAACGGAGUCGGUGCGAGCAGUGCAGCCUGUAUGGAACCACCAUCAUGUAGCGGACCAUCGCUGCUUAUGAGCAGCAGCUAUUUUACGCCAUUUUGUGCAACCAGCACCGCCCAGACAGCGCGUGGAGUUGUGCCGCCGGGUAUAGGGAUCCAUAACGUCAUAACGCCGACUUCACUAGCGGGGUCCUACGCCUGGACGACACCGAAUGGAAGCAGUGGAAACUAUAUGCCACGCAAGCUUCCAGAUCUGCCAGUAUUUGGAGGUCAACCAGAAGAUUGGCCGAUCUUUCUUUGUGCGUUUACGGAAACCACUCACGCGUAUAAUUGUACUGAUCUGGAGAAUAACCAACGCUUAUUGAAGGCGCUGAAGGAUGAAGCUCGUGAGACCGUCAAGUCGCUCCUGAUUCAUCCAAGUAACGUCAGCGCUGUGAUCGAGCAGCUGCGCUUUAGGUAUGGCCGACCGGAGCAACUUAUACGCAGCCAGCUAAAUGGAAUUCGAGACGUGCCUUCCAUUUCGGAGCACAACCUGGCGAAGAUUGUACCCUUCGCAACCCGUGUGAGCAAUCUCACUGCCUUCUUGCAGUCAGCGAAGGCAGAUCAGCAUUUGGGGAACCCAACCCUCAUGGAAGACCUUGUGGCCAAGCUCCCUACAAGCAAACGAGUGGAGUGGGCAAGGCAUGCCGCUUUAAUAUUACCCUUUCCAACCAUUGUCCAUUUUAGUUCGUGGUUGACGGAGUACGCCAACGUGGUAUGUACGAUCAUGGAUGUCGAAGGGAAAGAACCAAGGCGUCGUUUGCUGCAUGCAAGCAUCGACCAAGACCGAGGCGAGCAUCAAGACAGUCGAUUCAGAUGUUGUCCAAUAUGUGGAGGACAACAUGCAGUUAAGGACUGCAGUGAUUUCAACGGAGCUACGCCACCAGACAGGUGGAGGCAUGUGAGGAGGCAUCGACUUUGUUUUUCGUGCCUACGAAGUGGUCACAUGACUAGUUCCUGCAACAAGCAUGGUGAGUGUCAACUCAACGGAUGUCGGAAGAGGCAUCACCGUCUGCUGCAUGGUGUGGAUGACCAGCGAAGAAGGUCACCGCAACGAAGCAGUAACAGAAGUUACAGCCAGCGGAACCAGCAGUCAGCUGUUCCUAGACGUAGCCUGGACAGAGGGGCGCCACAGGCAGUGGAUGCGCCAGUACAGAGCAGAGGGGCGCCGCAGGCAGCGGAAGGGCCCGUACAGAGGAUUUUAAGUUGUGUCGACGCAGAGCGAGGUCGCCUGCUGUUCCGUAUACUGCCAGUAACGCUGUAUGGAGCUGGUCGACGGGUGGAUACAUACGCACUCCUGGAUGAAGGAUCAUCUGUCACGAUGAUCGACGACGAACUCAGGAAGGAGCUGGGCGUGCAAGGUGAGCGUCGACAUCUUAAUAUCCAGUGGUUUGGCGGUAGAUCCACCAGGGAACCUACCAACGUGGUAAGUCUGCAAAUCAGUGGAGCAGGCAAGCCAAUUCGCCAUGCGUUGCGAAACGUGUAUUCCGUUUCGAACCUGAGCCUGCCGAUGCAGACUCUACACCGACGAGAUGUCCAGGGCGUGCACAAGGAUGCCCGCCUGCCAAUGAGGCCCUACAGCAAUGUGGUGCCGAAACUGCUCAUUGGACUGGAUCACGGACACUCGGGACUUCCACUUCGAACGAGACGGUUUGCCAGACAGGGACCAUAUGCGGCCGCAACCGAGCUGGGCUGGGUUGUCUUUGGGCCGACAAGUGGACAAUCAACUACGCCGAGGUCCUGCUUCCUAGCUGUUUCAUUGGAUGACACUAUUCAGAGAAUGGUGGAAGACUAUUUUGAUGUUGAGAACUUUGGUGUGAAGCUUGCGCCACCAGUCGCCGGCAGCGACGACGUGCGGGCGCAGAAGACAUUGGAAGAUACCACGGUGAGAGUGGGGCAACGUUACCAGACAGGUUUAUUAUGGAAGGAUGACUACAUUGUGCUUCCACAAAGCUAUGACAUGGCGUACAAGCGGUUGGUCAACGUCGAGAAGAAGAUGAAGCGCAACGGGCAGUUCGCGCAGGAAUACACUAGGAUCAUCAAUGAUUACGUGUCUAAAGGAUACGCUCGACGGUUGAAGCCUCAUGAGGUCGCAGUGGAAAGUGGCAGGCUAUGGUAUCUGCCACACUUUGGAGUAGAAAACCCAAACAAGCCGGGAAAGAUUAGGCUGGUUUUCGACGCUGCGGCAAGAGUUGGUGGAACAUCACUAAAUUCGGCACUGGCCAAAGGGCCGCAACAUUAUAAACCCUUGCCAGCUGUGCUCUUUCAUUUUAGAGAAGGUGCCAUCGGAGUCUGUGGCGACAUCAAGGAGAUGUUCCACCAAGUUUUGAUCCGACCCGAAGAUAGAUGCUCCCAACGCUUUUUGUGGAGAGAUGGAGAUGACAGAAGGGAUCCUGACAUCUACGAGAUGAUUGUAAUGACCUUUGGAGCAGCCUGCUCGCCAAGCGCUGCGCAUUACGUGAAAACUGUAAAUGCUGAACAGUUUCGUCAUUCGGAUCCAAGAGCAGUCAAGGCCAUCAUCGAUUGUCAUUAUGUGGAUGACUAUGUGGACAGCUUUGCUACCGAGAGCGAAGCCAUCAGUGUAUCUACCCGAGUAAAGGAGAUACAUGCGAACGCUGGAUUCGAGCUAUGCCAAUUUUCAUCCAGCUCACCCAUUGUGGAGGCUGCAUUGGGUCCACCAGGACGAGGCGAGAGCGUCGGAUGGGGUGAGGCUGAACAGAAGAUUCUGGGAAUGUGUUGGCAAGCAGCCACAGAUGACUUCAGGUUCAAUGUGAAGUAUCAUCGAGUUCCAAGCAGCGUAUUGAACGGCGAUCGAGUCCCUACCAAGAGGGAGUAUUUGAGCUUGGUCAUGUCUACGUUCGAUCCCCUGGGAUUCUUGUGCUGCCUCAUGAUAACAGCCAAGUUAUUGCUACGAGAGAUUUGGAGGCAGACGAUCCAGUGGGAUGAACCACUUCCGGAUGAGAUAUACAGAGCCUUUGUGAAUUGGCGCAAGGAAAUGAACACCGUGGGACAGUUCAGAGGCCCUCGCCAUUAUUUCGGGAAUGGACUCGUCCGAGCUAUAGAGAUGCACGUCUUCGUGGAUGCAAGUCAGUCUGCAUUUGCGGCUGUGGCCUACUGGAGGGUCACUUAUGAAGAUGAUAACGUGCUGGUGAGCUUCGUAUGUGCCAAGACGAAGUGCGCGCCCAUGAGAACAAUGUCAAUCCCACGGCUGGAGCUGCAGGCAGCAGUUCUUGGAACUAGGCUGAUGGACACUGUUAAAAAGGAACACAGUGUGGCCAUCAGUGACAUCGUGUUAUGGACCGAUUCCAAGACGGUGCUAAGAUGGAUUGGUAGCACCCACCGCCGAUAUAAGCAGUUUGUCGGCAAUCGUGUGGCGGAGAUCUUGGAGUCGACGAAGGUAUCCCAAUGGAGAUGGGUGCCAACAGCCGACAAUGCGGCGGAUGACGCAACACGUUCGCAAUGCCACGUGGACCUCAGCCAGAAGUCACGUUGGCUAGGCGGACCAGCAUUUUUGAGGCAGCCAGCGGGCAGCUGGCCACAGCCUGAAUCUGGAACUGAACCAGGUCCGGAUGGUAAUGACGAAGAGGAGAUGCCAAGUGAGUUUUCGCUUGUUGGUGCGAACGACUUUUGUAUUUCCUUUCAGAGAUUCUCGAGCUACAGUAGGCUACUCAGGACAACAGCCUGGGUCUUAAGGUUCACGCGCUGGUGCCGUGGACAAAGGAGCGAGCUCGAGAAGUACGGCCUUACUGCAUCAGAGUGUGAGGCCGCGGAGAACCUGUUGGUCAGACAGGCACAACGUGAAGCGUUUCCAAACGAGAUGCGGUCGGCAGAAGACGGCAAGAUGGUUGCCGGCGGGGGCGACACUCGAGGACUGUCACCCUACAUAGAUGACCUUGGAGUUCUGCGAGCCUAUGGCAGAGUUGAUGCCGCAUUUUGCAUGCCGUACAGUGCGAGGAGGCCGAUAAUUCUGUCACACAGGCACAGUCUUACGGAGAUGAUUGUGCAUCAUUUCCACGUCAAGAUGAAGCACCAAAAUGUGGAUGCUACGAUUACGGAGAUCCGGACGAGGUUCUGGAUUACGAAGCUGAGACGUGUACUACAAAGGGUGAUCUCAGCAUGCAACGUGUGCAAGUUGCAUAGGGCGCGGCCAACGCCGCCAAUAAUGGGACCCCUGCCGGAAGAUCGCUUGGAGGCCCAUGGUUGGCCGUUCAAGAAUACAGGACUGGAUUACUUCGGACCACUGUUGGUGACGGUGGCGCGUCACAAGGAGAAGCGAUGGGUCGCCCUGUUCACUUGCUUGACGACCAGGGCGAUUCAUCUGGAACUGGCGUAUGACCUGUCGACGGAUUCCUGUAUAAUUGCGAUACGGAAUUUCGUCUGUCGUCGAGGGCCAGUACAUAGACUACGCAGCGACAACGGCAAGAACUUCGUGGGAGCUGACAGGGAGGCCAGACGAUUUGGUGACGUUUUCGAAAUGGAGAGAGUCCAGGAUGAGCUGUCGAGCAGAGGUAUCGAAUGGGUAUUCAAUUGCCCAGUGAAUCCAUCUGAAGGAGGAGUCUGGGAACGCAUGGUGCAUUUCCUGAUCGAGGCGGAGAACAUCGUGAAUUCGCGUCCGCUUACCCACUUGCCGGUGGAGGCGGACCAGGAAGCCCCGCUAACGCCAAAUGAUCUGCUCAGAGGAGUAGCUAACUUGCCGGACACGCCUGGCGAAGAUGUGGAGCUGCCCAAGGAGUGCGCUACACGCAAGCAGUGGCGUAUAGCGCGACUAAUGAGGGACCGUUUCUGGAAGAGGUGGGUCUUGGAGUACCUGCCUACACUCGUGCGCCGAGAGAAGUGGUGCCAAAGGACGGAGCCGAUUCGCCAGGGUGACGUGGUCUUCAUCUGCGAUCCAGCCUUGCCGCGAAGAGAGUGGCGUAAGGGCAUCGUGGAGGAGGUCUACAAAGGAGUUGAUGGAGUCAUUAGACGCGCUAGUGUGCGCGUGAACGACUGCGGCCUAUCCAGGAUUAUGAUGCGUCCCGUCUCCAAACUGGCGGUUUUGGAUUUGAGUGAAGCGGUUCUUCACGGGGUCGGGGAUGUCGCGGGACGAUAG